AUAUUCCGCCAUCGCCACCACUGGACUGUUUCUUGUCGCGCCUUCGGGUGGCAGUUGUAACAUUUAAGUUGUACUUUGUCUGGACUCGACAACCUGUGCGCCCCGUGAGCCGCCAACGAAUACGCGUGGAUGCACGGAUGCACAAGGAAACUGGGGAUGAAGAUUUGCGGGUUCCUGCAGAAGAACAACAGCCUGGAGGAGAAGGGGAGGCUCGCGGGCCAGAAGAACUUGCUCUCGUGCGAUAACAGCGACAGGGACGCGCGCUUCCGCCGUACCGAGACCGACUUCUCCAACCUGUUCGCGAGAGACCUACUGCCGGCUAAAAAUGGAGAAGAGCCCACCAUGCAGUUUUUGCUGGAGGUGGUUGACAUCCUUACCAACUAUGUCAAGAAGACUUUCGACCGGUCUACAAAGGUUUUGGAUUUCCACCACCCUCACCAGCUCCUGGAGGGGAUCGAGGGCUUCAACCUGGAGCUGUCAGACCAGCCCGAGUCCCUGGAGCAGAUCCUGGUGGACUGCAGAGACACGCUCAAAUAUGGCGUCCGCACAGGUCACCCACGCUUCUUUAACCAGUUAUCUUCUGGCCUAGACAUUAUUGGUCUGGCUGGAGAGUGGCUCACCUCCACCGCCAACACCAACAUGUUCACCUAUGAGAUCGCCCCGGUGUUUGUGUUGAUGGAACAGCUGACUCUGAAGAAAAUGAGAGAGAUGAUUGGUUGGCCAAACGGAGAGGGUGACGGCCUCUUUUCCCCAGGGGGUGCUAUCUCCAACAUGUACAGUGUGAUGAUCGCACGGUACAAGUAUUUCCCAGAGGUGAAGACCAAGGGCAUGUCUGCUGCUCCCCGCCUUGUCCUUUUCACAUCUGAGCAUAGCCACUACUCCAUAAAGAAGGCUGGAGCUGCGCUGGGCUUCGGCACUGACAACGUGAUCCUGCUCAGCACGGAUGAGAGAGGGAGAGUCAUUCCUGCGGAUUUGGAAGCCAAAAUCCUCGACGCUAAACAGAAGGGUUAUGUGCCAUUGUUUGUGAAUGCAACAGCUGGUUCAACUGUGUAUGGAGCAUUUGACCCCAUCAAUGAGAUUGCUGACAUUUGUGAGAAGUAUAACUUGUGGCUCCAUGUUGAUGGUGCGUGGGGUGGUGGACUGCUGAUGUCUAGGAAGCAUCGCCAUAAGCUUAAUGGAAUUGAGAGGGCCAACUCUGUCACAUGGAACCCACACAAGAUGAUGGGUGUGCCUCUGCAGUGUUCAGCAAUCCUGGUCAGAGAAAAGGGAAUCCUAGCAGGCUGCAACUCCAUGUGCGCUGGCUACCUCUUCCAACCAGACAAACAAUACGACGUUACAUAUGACACAGGGGACAAGGCCAUCCAGUGUGGCCGGCAUGUGGACAUCUUUAAAUUCUGGCUCAUGUGGAAAGCCAAGGGCACCACUGGGUUUGAGCAGCACAUUGACAAGUGUUUGGAUCUGUCUCAGUACCUAUACAACAAGAUCAAGAACAGGGAGGGAUAUGAGAUGGUGUUUGACGGAGUGCCGCAGCACACCAAUGUUUGCUUCUGGUACAUUCCACCCAGCCUGAGAGGCAUGCCAGAUGGAGAUGAGAGGCGAGAAAAACUCCACAGGGUGGCGCCAAAGAUCAAGGCCAUGAUGAUGGAGUCAGGGACCACCAUGGUGGGCUACCAGCCUCAGGGCAAUAAAGUAAACUUCUUCAGAAUGGUCGUCUCCAAUCCUUCGGUCACCCAGUCUGACAUCGACUUCCUCAUCGAUGAGAUCGAGAGGCUCGCCCACGACCUGUAGACCUCACAGCCAUCGCUGCUCCAGGGCCUUCCCGGAGUCUGUGAUCGAUUUUACUGCAAAAGCGAACGCCAGAGUGAAACAUUCACAGUGCUGCAGUCCGAGAAAUAAUAGGACACGUUUUAGGUUCUUUCUUUCCGGUCUGCCUUUGCCUGCAGCACUCUAAAUGUUUUCACCGCUGGAAAGAAACGAGCAAUGAGAGAGCCUCUGGAGUUUCUUACUAGCUCUGGCCCACAUAGGUACUUCUAUAGAAAAAAAAAUAUAUAUAUAAUUACUAUCUAAAGUUUCCUUUAAAAGCAAAUGUGCUCUAAUGUCUGUGUGUGCAAUUGAGCCUUGUAAUGCACAAGUGUGUGAAAGAGAGUGUGUGUGUGUGUGUGCAGUCUUUUAAUGUUUGUCUUUUAAUGUCUUGUGUGUGUGCCACAGCAAAUGUGUGUGUGAGUGAGUGUGGUAAAUUAAUGAAAAAUAAGGGGGGAAAGAACAGAUCGAAGUAUUACAAGUAUCAUCAAGUUAUUCUGCUGUAUCAUACAUGUGCUGCACAAUAUGGUGGUGCUUUCAGCUGUACAUAUGUUUGAUCUCAGCACUCUGACCUGUUUCCCCUGAACCCGGUGUCCAAAGCCCCGCAACGGCGUAUUUUAGGCUCGCACUGUGUUAAAAAUAAGCUAACGUGCUCAGCAUAGUUACAGGUUGUGUUAAGUGUCAAGCUGUUACACGACUUCGGACCAUCCGACAGAGCUACAGUCUGCAAUAGUUUCCCUCGUAGAAGAUCCCCAUUUAAAGCUAUCGUAGGUCUGUGACAACCUUUAAGUUGUAAAACUCUGGCUCGUUGUCCGUUCCCUGCAGUCACAUCAUGCCCAUUUGUGUUUAAACCAAUGUUAAUAUAUUCAUAUUUGAUGAUAUGGGAAUGAGACAAAAUAUUUAUUGCAUUUCCGCAGGUGAUUGCAGAUUCAGGUAUUUUAUUGUACAUGUAUCUUUAUGCGUGUUACGCUGUAACACAGUGAACAGAGUAAAGUUUAUUUAAAGUGAUAUCGUCAGCCAAAGAGAGAAUCGGGAACGCAGCAAUCCAUCGUCCUUCAUGUAUAACUUCUUAUAGACUAGGUGUUUGUAAAACGUUACCUGUUGACCUUUUACUGCGAUGCAAUCUCUAUAAGUGUGUUUCUUUUUGUGAUUGUCAGUCUUUUUGACCGAAUGUUUUGAGAUGAUUGACUGGCCUUCUGAUGAGAUUAAGAAUGAAAGCUCUAUAAUCCUCUGGCCACAGCGCCGGUCUUUUAUUUUAGUGAGACGCACAAGGAUGUGAGAAUGUACUCUCUCGUUGAGACUGGGAAGAACGAAGAAUUGCGUCUGUCUGAAUCCUAAUGCAUUACUAUAAUUAUAAUUAUAUUAAUUGUUACACAUAUUACUUGUAUUCUCAGUGUGAUGGGAGCUCAAUGGAAUAUCUUGUACAAAGGUACCUGUUAGUGUCUUUGCACAUGUUCACCUUACUUUCCUCCAUUGUAAAUGGAUGCGUUUUAGUAUAAGAGUUAUGUUAACAGAGUAUUUAUUAGGGACCAUAUGUGAAUGGCACAACUGCAUAAAUCAUAUUUAAAGUAAUCUGUGUGUGUGUAAUGUGACAAGUAACUCUUGUAUGUGAAGCUCUCUAAGGGAAUGUUUCCCUGGCAAAUUUUCAGUAGGCACUUUAACAGAAUCAUAACAUCUUUAACAAGAUAUUUAAUAAAGUCAAUAUAAAGAGAACAUGAAA